AUGCCAUUCGGAGUUGAUGCGGCGACAAGCCACGACUAUCUGCUUGCAUUUCCAUGUGGUGCAGUGGCCUCUUUAGAUGGAGGCAAAUCAAAUAUGAUUGUCGAAAUAUUGUCAUGGUUUCUUGGUAUUUUCACCAGUCCAGUAAAUGUAUUGAUUCUGCUGGUCGUAUUCCUUGUGGCAUAUGGACUGUUAAAUCUUCGACCACCAUCUGGUUUCCCACCUGGUCCUAUGGGUUAUCCAUUUAUUGGGAAUAUGUUGGAUCUAGCAACAAAUCCACAUAUAAAAUUUAUGCAGUAUGCUAAUCAAUAUGGAGAUGUCAUCACAAUAAAGGUUGGUACAUCAAACUAUGUUGUACUAAAUACCAUUGAAGUCAUCAAUGAAGCGCUGGUUAAGAAGCAAAAUGAUUUUGCUGGACGCACUAGUCACUACUCAGAGAACCUGUUUAGCGAAAACGGUGAAAACAUUAUUUCUGGUGACUUCACCCCCAAGUGGAAAUUCCUUCGUAAAGUUGGACACCAAGCCAUUAGAAACUAUGCAAGUGGUGAAAAACUGGAAGAUCUCGUGAGACAUGAAGCUUUCCCCAGAUUGCAGAAAGCUGUAGCCGACAAGAACGGGGAACCAUUCUAUCCAAAACCAUUGCUAUAUUUCAUGGUGGCGAAUAUCAUUGCUACAAUGUGUUUUGGUCAAAAAUAUGAGUUGGAUGAUCCCGAAUUGAAAGAAAUUCUAAAGAUGAUCGACGAUGCAAAAGAAUCAAUUGGUAAUGGACUGGUUGCUGAUUUUAUCCCGAUAUUCCAAUAUAUACCAACAAGCGGUAUUCGUGCAGUUAAGAGUAUGAUGGCGACGUGGCAUGGUUUGAUUCAACGAAAGGUUACUGCCCACAAAGACAAAUUUAACAAAGAUAAUCCUGAAGUACAUGAUCUUAUUGAUGACCUACUAAAAAUCCAAAACGAAGCCAAGAUAGCAGGCGAAGAUCAGGCAGAUAAAUUAACUGACGUCAAUCUUCGCCAAACGGUCAGUGAUAUUUUUGGAGCUGGCUUAGACACAACCACAAACACCUUUGAUUGGUGCAUUGCGUUUCUGGCAUGCUACCCGGAUGUGCAAACUAAAGUGCAGAAUGAGAUUGAUGACGUCAUCGGACUAGAUCGUCUGCCAUUGUUAUCUGAUAAGGGCAAAUUACCAUACUGUGAUGCUGUAAUCCACGAGGUCAUGAGGAUUCGCACAGUUGCGCCAUUUGCUGCACCUCAUAAAACAUGUUGUGAUACGUCUGUGGGUGGAUAUAACCUUCCUAAAGACACAAUGGUCUUCUUGAAUUUGUGGAAUGUACAUAUGAAUGACAAACAUUGGGACAAUCCUGGCGAGUUUCGUCCUGAACGUUUCUUGGAUACAGAUGGCAAAGCAUUACCCAAACCAGAGAGUUUUCUUCCUUUCUCCGCUGGACGUAGAGUGUGUUUGGGAGAAGUAUUGGCUAAAUCGGAGAUGUUCCUUGUCUUCAUCUGCUUAUUCCAACAUUACACAUUCAAAGUGGCUCCUGGCAAAGAGAAGCCUGAUUUAAAUCCCUGUGUUGAUGAUUUAAUUGUGCGUUGUCGUCCUUAUAAUGUAGUUGCUCACCCAAGAAAGGGAACCGAUUAA